AUGUGGGAGCGCCGCACAUAUCUGCUCCUGAUCCUCGUCCGGUUGUGGUUCGCCUUGUCACCAAGCUAUCUACAUCCCGAUGAGAACUUCCAAGGCCCUGAGGUCAUUGCUGGCGAGAUCUUCAGCUACCCUGUCCGCCGAACAUGGGAAUUUACAAGCGAGAAUCCUAUUCGGAGUGUCUUCCCUCUGUGGCCCGUCUAUGGCCUGCCCAUGCUCCUGCUACGGUGGCUGUGGAUAGGCAACGGGAACGAUGGCGAGAUCACACCCAUAGUUGUCUUCUGGACCCUUCGCGUCCUCAUGUUCCUCAUCAGUUUCGUGCUCGAGGACUGGGCUCUGCACGAGCUGAUCCCCUCCCCGAGGCACCGCCGCGUUGCCGUCCUGCUUGUUGCUUCAUCAUAUGUCACCUGGACCUACCAGACGCACACCUUUUCUAACUCGGUCGAGACACUGGUCGUGGCAUGGAGUAUGGUCCUGAUCCAGCGCAUAGUAGACACACGGGCCUCUAUCAUUCGUUGCUUUAGCUUCGGCAGCGCUGGUAACGACCUUGCCAUAGCACUCGACACUGCCUUUUACACUCCCGAGUCCAUAACUUGGCUUGACCUAAUCCAGCGGCCUGUCAUCACGCCUCUCAACAAUUUCCUAUACAAUUCGAAUACGGAAAACCUUGCCCAACAUGGUAUCCACCCGUGGUAUCAGCAUCUGCUGGCAAACAUGCCCCUGCUACUUGGUCCUGCCGUCUUCCUGCGACCGCACGCCUCGCUGAGGCUUUACUCCGCCCUUUCUGGAAUUGCCGUGCUCUCGAUCUUCCAGCACCAGGAAGCGCGGUUCCUUCUGCCAACUGUGCCUCUCAUUCUGUCUUCGGUGCACCUCCCCAAGAACAAGAGGACCUUGCGUGUGUGGUCCGCGGCCUGGGUCAUCUUCAAUGUCUUCUUCGGUGUGUUGACGGGCGUCUACCACCAGGGGGGAAUAGUCCCCGGCCAGGUCUUCAUGAGCCAACAGCCCGACGCCACCACAGCCAUCUGGUGGAAGACUUACACGCCUCCCAUCUGGCUCCUGAACGGAAAGAACGAGGUCCUCCGUACGCACGAUGUUAUGGGGAUGAAGGGAGAAAGCCUCUACGAUGAGCUCUACAAGCUAGCCACGUGCGAUAUUCCCGCCGAUAGGCGGAACAAGGAAUACCUCAAAGAGAAGAACGGAACCUACCUCAUCGCCCCUGCAUCGGCGACGUGGCUAGAUCCCUAUCUCCCGAACAAGGGUCUCGACGGCCUUCGGUUUCGCGAGGUGUGGCGACAUCGUCAACAUCUAAACCUCGACGAUUUAGACUGGGGCGAGGACGGCGUUUUUAACACUCUAUCAAGAGUUAUUGGUCGGAGAGGGUUAGUUGCUUGGAGAGUCACGAAAAGUUGUUGA